AUGGAGUUAGAGUCCAGCCCUGGACCAGGCACCUCUGGGCUGGGAGAGCAGCCCCUCAGUCCUGAGCAUCCUCUUCCGCCCGCGGCCGCGCAAGCAGCGGCGGCGCGGACCAGCAGGGGGCGCUCCUGCAGAAGGCUGGCCAGGAGCCCGAGGCGGCGCAGCCCGGCCCCGGGCAGGGGCUGCGGCUUCUACGCCCACCCAGGAGAGCUAGAGCCCCACCCAUACCAGGUCCGGAUUUCUGUGCCCACGAACAUCAGCGGCAUUUUGUCACACACCCACGGAGGCCUUUCCCCUUCCCCUCUGACCAAGGGUCCCCCCAGGACUCCCUUUACCCGGCAAGAGGGUCCCCCAAGCCAUUCGACCCGGGCCUGCCCUCAGAGUCCCGGGACUGCACAGAAAUACCCGCACCCGCUGCGCAGGAGGGAGAGGAACCACACGACGGGUGUUCCACAGACUCCAGGCGCAUCCCGGCUCUUAUCACUCCACGUCCUCUACCUCGGAGGAGAGAUUGCGCGUUCCUCCGCCUCAGCCCGGAGAGGCAGAGCCCGCCUCACCGGGCGGGAGGUCCUGACGCCCUUCCCAGGCCUGGGCACUGAUGCUGCCCCGGCGCAGGGCGACACUCACCUGAAGCAGUGUGACCUGCUGAAGCUGUCCCGGCGGCAGAAGCAGCUCUGCCGGAGGGAGCCUGGCCUGGCUGAGACCCUGCGGGACGCUGCGCACCUCGGCCUGCUCGAGUGCCAAUUCCAGUUCCGGCAGGAGCGCUGGGACUGCGGCCUGGAGGGGAGGAUGGGCCUGCUCAAGAGAGGUUUCAAAGAGACGGCCUUCCUGUAUGCCAUGUCCUCGGCCGCGCUCACCCACACGCUGGCCCGGGCCUGCAGCGCCGGGCGCAUGGAGCGCUGCACCUGUGACGACUCUCCGGGCCUGCAGAGCCGGCAGGCCUGGCAGUGGGGCGUGUGCGGUGACAACCUCAAGUACAGCACCAAGUUCCUGAACAACUUCCUGGGGCCCAAGAAAGGAAGCAAGGACCUGCGGGCACGGGCAGACGCCCACAACACCCAUGUGGGCAUGAAGGCUGUGAAGAGUGGCCUCAGGACCACGUGCAAAUGCCAUGGCGUGUCGGGCUCCUGUGCCGUGCGCACCUGCUGGAAGCAGCUCUCCCCAUUCCGUGAGACGGGCCAGGUGCUGAAGCUGCGCUACGACUCGGCUGUCAAGGUGUCCAGCGCCACCAACGAGGCCUUGGGCCGCCUAGAGCUGUGGGUACCCGCCAGGCCAGGAAGCCCUGCCAAGGGCCUGGCCCCCCGGCCUGGGGACCUAGUCUACAUGGAGGACUCACCCAGCUUCUGCCGGCCCAGCAAGUACUCGCCGGGCACCGCGGGCAGGGUGUGCUCCCGGGAGGCCAGCUGCAGCAGCCUGUGCUGUGGGCGGGGCUACGACACCCAGAGCCGCCUGGUGGCCUUCUCCUGCCACUGCCAGGUGCAGUGGUGCUGCUAUGUGGAGUGCCAGCAGUGUGUGCAGGAGGAGCUCGUGUACACCUGCAAGCCCUAGGCCUGCUGCCCGGGGAGCCAGCCGGGCACUGCCAGGACCUCCCACGGUGCCCGUGCAGCUGUUCAGCCAUCCCUCUGGGCAGGUAGGCACAGCAUGUGGCACACACCAACGUAUGUGCCAGCUCCCACGAGUGUGCAACUCACCACUCCUUGGCCAGCCCUUUGCUUCCCGCAACAGCAAAGAGAAGCAAAGCCCAGCCCUGAACCCAAGCGUCGCCAGUGUCAUUGAGGACUUGCAGCAGGAAGGCAGGGUGGGAGAGGAUGUGGAGGGAAGGGAGCCCGAGAUGACAGCAGGACUGAGGUUUUGGAGGGGAGAGAGGAGCUAUCCCACCAUCUUGGUUCCUGGGGUGAAUGAAUGGCCGAGAGCCAGCAAGCUCUCGGGAGCCAGGCUUCUGGGUGGGGAACGCCACCGGGGGCAGUGCCGGCUGGGAGCAAAGGCGGGAGUCUGCCUGGAUGGGUCAGUCCAGCCCUCGGGCCCCGCCCAGAUGGCAGUGAGCAGCAGGUGCCAUGCGCCACUCCUCUGGCUUUGCUGUGCUAGAGGCGGCAGAAAGCCCAGGUGGCAGGAGCUGUUUGGAGGAAGGAAAGCUUUCUGGGCUUGAGUGGACCCACGUCAGAGACGUGUCCUGGAGCCUCCUUGAUUUGGGCUUUCAAAUGCGCCUGCACGGAGGCCUCAUUCUCAUCUCGAGAGCUGAUUGUCCACAGCCACCCACCCUGCCUGGUGCGACUACCAGUGGCGGCAAGGCAGGCCACGGUAGAACUCAGUGCGCCUGAGGUCACAGGGGCAGACAGCUACCCUCCUCGUUUUCCCUGGUGGCCAAAGGAACCUUUAAUUCCAACCCAGAGGAGGAGGGGGACAGCCCUCUGGUCCCUGGCAGGGACAUAGUGAGCUCAGUUUCUCAGCCGUCUGUCGAGUCAGCUUUGGUCAACUCCCUGUGGCUGGGGUCCUCCUGAGCCGCAAGGCCCUGCCACCGGCUGACGUUCGUGACACAGAUGACCAGCUGGCUCGUGGGUUCUGGUUCUGGUUACCUUUCUGCUCUUACGGCUGCAUAUCUGAUUAAGGCUUUUGCCCUGGCUGGAGCUAUAAGUGCUGAGUCCUUGCCACGCUGGCUCUUUGUAGCCCCUUCAUUCGCUAAUGGCCCCUCACUUUGGCUCUUACCUGAGGAGCAGAGGUAACUUUGCUAACUUCCUCGGAUCCUGUGGACAUUUCCAGAGCCACCUGCCAAGGCCCUAUGUGGGAGGAAGAGAGAGACGCGGGUACACACGCACUGGCCCACCCCGUGGACCAGGCUGAGGGGUCCCAUAUACCUCUCUAGCUCAGGACAGAGGCCUUACGGGGGCCACUUUGCUGUAGGCAUUGUGCUUCCCCAGAGUGGGGCCCGGUGCCAGCCAGGAGGACGUGACCUCCUUCGGGACGCCCUUGGCCGCUUUGCCAGCGCUGCCGCACCCCUCCGUCAGCUUCCUUUCUCCCUGAACCCAGAGGUGCUGACCCUCCACUGCAACAGGAAACUUCGGAAUCAGCCACAUGCUCAGAAAUGUGGUCUGCGCCAGCUCCCGGAGGAAGGCCCAUGGCGGUACCCAGCCGACUCCCUGAGACCCCCAAGGGCGAGGAGGAGCUGCCCAGCCCUCGGGGGAUCGGGGCAGCCUGCUGGAUGCUGGCGGGAUCUGCGACUGCACAGGCUCAGAGCAGAAGCCAGACGGACCCGAGUCCCCCUCGCUAGGCUGACUUUGCUGACCCAAGCAGCUAGCCGCAUCUUGGCAGGAGGAGGAAAGGGUGGAGGGCUGGUUUUCUGGUUUCUUCCACUCCCCCACCGCACGGAGACUUUUCCUCUGCCAGCCUGAUGCAUCUUGAGCCUCUGGCUCCACCCCAGCCCAGCCCCGGCGUAAGGCAGCAGAGACCUCGCUGGCAGGAAGAGGGGGCCUGGGAACAUCUGCCUCCCAACUUCACAGCCACUGUGCCAUGGUUGCAGGAGGGCAAAGGGCAGACUCUGAGGGACCUAGGCCGUGGCUGGCACUAAGGGCCCCUCCACUUGUGGGGUCCUCUCUGUCCAGCCCUCUCCUUGUCUUCUCCUCCCUUGUCCACACCCCUUUCUUUUCCUGGUAUCCCUAAAGACCCACCUCAGCCCUGCUCGGGCCCCUGGGGACCAGAGUGACCACUGACCCCUUGUCCUACGGCUUUAAGGGAAAUGCUCACAGGGUAUUUUUGUCUACCUCACGUGUAUAGUUUUUAGGAUGAAAGAGAAUAAUUUAUGUAGCUAAGAUAUAUGAGAAAGUAUUUAUGUUAUUUAUAUAGUUGCAGCACGUAUACGGGGGUUGUGUGUCCCCAGAAGCUCCCUGAGAAGCCACAGCAGGGCCUGAUGGGGCCCCCACUGAGCUGGAGGCCUGGUGGCUAAUGAGGAGGUUGAGUGGGCUCCCGCGUCCCACGACUGGGUCUGUCUUGGAGCUGGCGAGCCCACGUCCACUCUGCCGUGGCCCUGGUGGGCUCGAUCCAGACCAUCCUUGUGAAGUCUGUAGAUUCCCUGCUCUUCUGGGCCCCGGGGCCCGUUCUGCUCUGGCAAAAGUAUCUUGUUCAUAAUACUAAUGACAGCAAGGAUGACCACAGCUGGCAUUUGUAAAGCACUUUUGAUGUUCAGAAACACUUUUAUCUCUCCCCCCCCACCCCGUGUCUCCAUUAUCCCUGUGAGGUAGGUGGGGUCGCACUACUGUGUCCAUUUUACAGAUGAGGCCCAGAGACAGAGGCCUGUGCUCACAGUUACCCUGAAGAGAUUUGUUCAAUGAGUAUUUGCUGAACAUCCACGUGGGCCAGGCGCUGUGGGAGCCCCGGAGCCUGGCGACCUUCCCAGGCUGGCUCCGUGUGGCCCUGGCCUUCUGGAUCUGGACGGUAGAUUGGCAUUUCCCCCGCUGGAGUCCCACGUCUCAGGCACUGGGACUGCCCUAGAGGCCUGGAGAAACAGGGACCCCCAUGGAGGUCACUCCAGGGGUCCUUCUGUCCAGGUUGCCCGAGAAGGUCGGGCUGUACUAUCAGCCUCUCUCAGCCCACAGAUGAGUUUUGUUUGCUCUCACUUCUGUUUUUCUUUUAAAAAAAGAAAAACUGGACUUGUGGCUUCUUUUGUAAACUCAGCCGUGCCGGCAAACUGGGCCUGCCUUUCUAGCCGGCCACAGUCAGCCAGCGAGAGGGAGCCCUAUGGGACAGGAUGCACGGGGGCUCCCAGCUGCCGAGUGCCCCCGCCCCAGCCCUCCUCAUGCACAGAUGCCUGGCCCUCACGGGCACGCAGUGUCUGUCCCCUGGUCUAGAGAAGCCCAGCUCCCCUGGUGUCCUCCAUUGCCAGACAGACAGACAGACCCCAGCCAACCCUGGAGGUUAUUUCUGCUUUCCAAGGUUUCCUUUCUCAACAACCGUGAACUUCAAAUGCUUUUUGUCUCAGCACACUUUAGAGUGACAGUGGGAGCUACCACUGUUGAGCUCCCAUUGUGCCGAUGCCAACUCAUGAUCUGAGGGAGCUGCCACUCAGCGCCCAGUACCACCCUGGGGACUGGGGUACAGCCGUGAACGAAACCAAGCCCCUGCCUGGGCUCAACGGUUGACGUCCUAGUGGGGGCAAAAGACGAUAAACCAAUAAACUACA